UAAGAAAAUAUCAAGAAAGAACUUGCCAAGAGAAAAAAAAAUUAACCAAAAAAGGGCGAAGGAUAUUAAGAAAAAGAAAAGAAGAGAAGUUGAAGUCUAAAACUGAAACCCUGAAUUACAAUUUUACAACACUAUCAAUCUCUCUAGAUUCAUCCAUUGCUGCAAUUCCAUCUUUCUUGGACAACAUCGGAAAAUCGGAUCUUCGAAAACAUUCAAGGUUGUUAUUCGUCAGCUUGCAGAUAUUGAGGAAGCUUAGAUGGCUACAUCAAAGAAGGUGAUUACAAAGGAAGAGUGGGAGAAAAAACUUAAUGAUGUAAAGAUUAGAAAGGAGGACAUGAACAAGUUAGUGAUGAAUUUUCUAGUCACCGAGGGUUAUGUCGAUGCUGCAGAGAAGUUCCGAACAGAGUCUGGAACUGAGCCAGAUAUAGAUCUCGCAACAAUAACAGAUAGGAUGGCAGUUAAGAAGGCCGUGCAGUGUGGGAACGUAGAAGACGCGAUUGAGAAAGUUAAUGAUUUAAAUCCAGAGAUACUUGAUACAAACCCACAGCUGUUUUUCCAUCUUCAACAGCAAAGGUUGAUAGAACUGAUCAGGAAUGGAAAGAUACAAGAGGCUCUAGAAUUCGCUCAAGAAGAACUUGCUCCGAGGGGGGAAGAAAAUCAAAGCUUCCUAGAAGAGUUGGAGAGAACUGUUGCGCUCCUUGCAUUUGAAGACGUCUCGAACUGCCCAGUCGGAGAGCUUCUGGACAUAUCACAGCGUUUGAAGACAGCAAGUGAAGUAAAUGCAGCCAUCCUCACAAGUCAGAGUCGUGAAAAAGAUCCGAAACUACCAAGCUUAUUAAAAAUGCUGAUAUGGGCUCAGAAUCAACUUGAUGAAAAAGCUGCUUAUCCUCGAAUAAAUGAUCUAUCAUCUGCCAAGCUAGAAGACCCUGCUGUUUGAGAAGUUGUGCAAAUUGAUGUUCUAGCCUCUUUUAGCUUCUAUCUUUAGGGAUUUAAGCUUGAAAUGUAAAAAUCUUCUGUAGUUAGUUGUUCAUCCUGGAUAAAUUUGUUGUUAAUAGUUAGGACCAUUUUUCCAUCUCUCUUAAUAGCUUUGAUUCCUUGCACAGAUGAUAAUUGAAUGUCUCAGUGCCUUUAAGUUCUUGUUGCUAUUCACUGUUCAAUGGGGAUCUACUGACCUUCCAAAGAUUUAUGUUGAAAUUAAAGAGUUGGUUGAUGGUUCUUUCA